UAGACAUCUGUCAGAGAAUCCGGGCUGCCUUGAAACCUUUUUUUGUCAGUUACUACUUUGUUAUUGCUGAGUUACACGGUUUAAGUUGGCUUUCUCUAACAAUUAACACCUGUUUUCAAACAAAGGGAUCUGUCUAGCCAUCACCGCUGUGAGAACUGACUUACUGCCUAGCUGAGGAGACAUCAGGACGGAUACCAUAUCCUACCACACAGGUCUCUUCUUCUCCAAGCAGCCCCCUCGCCUGUUGGAUACUGUUCAGGAACUUUUUGAAACCGGUCAACAUUAUACUUUUAAAAAACUUUUUUAAACGGAAUGGAUUUUUGAAAAGACCUAACCUGGAUGGUUUGCUGUCUUGUUAAAAGCCUGCUGUUGGAGUUUGCCAAGUUUUGAGGAGGUUGCAUCAAGUCUUUUUGGAGGGGAACUAACUGAAAGCCGAAAUAUGGAUCAAGCCAGCGGCGGGGAGGACCCGAAUAAACCCUCUAAAAAGAAGUCCAACGAGGACGAGGGUAAAAACAAAAAGCUGAACAUACAUAUAAAAACAUUGGCUGAUGAUAUGCGUGACCGCAUUACCAGUUUCCGGAAAACGGGGAAUAAGAAGGAGAAGCCCCUUAUACAGCACUCAACACAGCACUCCACAGAUCCCCUCUUUACCCAGGUGGAAAUGCCUGUUCCUCAGCCCCUUUUCGACGACCGCUCUAUGAACCUCUCGGAGAAGGAGAUCAAUGACCUCUUCGAGAAGAUGAUGGAGGACAUGAACCUGAAUGAAGAACGCAAAGCCCCUCUGCGUGGAAAGGAAUUGAGCACCAGGCGAGAAAUGGUGGUCCAGUACAUCUCCGCCACUGCCAAAUCUAUAACUGGAAGCAAAGUUCCGGGUGGACUUAGGAACAGCAGGCAUGAGAGUACACUUUCCUCCCAAGAAUAUGUCCACGAGCUGCGCUCUGGCAUCACAGAAGAAAAGCUGCUCAACUGCCUGGAGUCGCUCAGAGUGUCUCUCACAAGUAACCCUGUCAGUUGGGUUAAUAAUUUCGGUCAUGAGGGUCUUGGUCUUCUGCUGGAAGCGCUGGAGAAGCUGCUGGAUAAGAAACAGCAAGAAAAUAUUGAUAAACGGAACCAACAUAAGCUUAUCCAAUGCUUGAAGGCUUUUAUGAACAACAAGUAUGGACUGCAAAGGAUCCUGGGAGAUGAGCGGAGCCUGCUACUGUUGGCUCGAGCCAUUGACCCAAAACAGACCAGCAUGAUGACAGAGACCGUCAAAAUUCUGUCUGCUUUCUGUAUUAUUGGAGAGGAAAACAUCCUGGAUAAGAUUCUAGCUGCCAUGACAAUUGCUGCAGAGAGGAACAACAAAGAGAGAUUUGCUUCGAUUGUGGAAGGACUGGAGAACCAUGAAGCCCAGCAGCUCCAGGUCGCCUGCAUGCAGCUGAUCAAUGCGCUGGUCACCUCCCCCGAUGACCUGGACUUCCGGAUACACCUACGCAACGAGUUCUUGAGAUGUGGCCUCAAGAAGAUCCUACCUGAGCUGAAAGAGACAGAGGAGCUCGACAUUCAGCUGAAGGUGUUCAAUGAGAACAAGGAGGAGGAUUCCAUCGAACUCUCACAUCGCCUGGAUGACAUCCGCACUGAGAUGGAUGAUAUGAAUGAAGUAUACCACCUCCUGUCCAACAUGGUGAAGGACACAGGAUCAGAGACCUACUUCCUGUCAAUUCUUCAACACCUUUUGCUCAUCAGGAAUGACUAUUACAUCAGGCCUCAGUAUUACAAGGUGAUAGAAGAAUGCGUGUCCCAGGUGGUUCUGCAUCGCAGUGGGAUGGACCCUGACUUUGGCUACAGUAAACGAUUGGACGUGGACUUCACCCACCUGAUUGAUCAGUGUGUGGAUAAAGCCAAAGUUGAGGAGAGUGAGCAGAAUGCUGCAGAGUACUCCAAAAAGUUUGAUGAGGAGUUCAGUGCACGGCAGGAGGCCCAGGCCGAGUCUCAGAAGAAGGAAGAGAAGAUCAAAGAGUUGGAGGGGAAAAUCCAGGCCCUGGAGUCCCAGUUAACUAUUGAAAAAGACAAGCUCACAGAGGCUCAGAGACUCAUCAGUGAAUCUGAAGCCAAGAUUGCAGCGGGUCCAACUGCGCCCGGACCCCCACCUCCACCACCUCUUCCAGGGGGUGGAGCGGCCCCCCCACCUCCUCCACCACCUCCUCCCCCACCUCUACCCGGUGGCUGUUUUCCCCCUCCACCACCUCCUCCUCCUCUCCCUGGUCAUGCUGGGAUACCACCACCACCACCUCCACCGGGCGGAGGACCUCCACCCCCCCCGCCACCCCCUGGCUGUGGACCCCCACCACCUCCACCAUUCUUUGGGGGCCCAGGCGGUCCUCCACCCCCUCCCUCAUUGCCUGUCAUCAAGCUGCCUUACGGACUGGAGGCCAAGAAAACCUACAAGCCUGAGACCGUGAUGAAGAGAGUGAACUGGACCAAGAUAGUGCCUCAGGAAAUGGCAGAGAAUUGCUUCUGGAUCAAAGUCAAAGAAGAGAGGUUUGAGAAUCCUGACCUAUUUGCUCAGCUCUCCCAGUGCUUCUCCUCGCAGAGCAAAGUGAAGAAAGACGUGAAAGAUGAGACUGAUGACCGAAUGCAACAUUUCAAGAAAAAGGCGAAAGAGCUUCGCAUCCUGGAUGCCAAAACAGCUCAGAAUCUCUCAAUUUUCUUGGGCUCGUUCCGCCUGCCUUAUGAAGAGAUCCGGGACAUUGUGCUGGAGGUAGACGAGGAAAGACUGAGCGAAUCACUCAUCCAGAACCUGAUAAAGAACCUGCCGGAGCAGAAAGAGCUGAAUGCGCUGGCGGAACUAAAGGGUGAAUAUGAAGAGCUAGUGGAGUCGGAGCAGUUUGGCAUUGUGAUGAGUUCAUUAAAACUGCUACGACCACGUCUUAACGGCAUUAUAUUCAAACUGACGUUUGAGGAGCAGGUGAACAACAUCCGGCCGGACAUCAUGAAUGUGACGUUUGCCUGUGAGGAGGUGAAGAAGAGUGAAGGCCUAAGCAACCUCCUGGAGUUGGUGUUGCUGGUCGGCAAUUACAUGAAUGCCGGCUCAAGGAAUGCCCAGACGUUUGGUUUCAACGUCAACUUCCUUUGCAAGCUCCGAGACACUAAAUCCAUCAGUCAGAAUACAACUCUACUUCAUUUCCUCGUUGAGAAGUGUGAAGAGGCUCACCAAGAGAUUUUGAGGUUUCCAGAUGAACUGGAGCAUGUGGAGAGUGCCAGCAAAGUGUCUGCUGAGAUCUUAAAAAGCAGUUUGACCACCAUGGAAAGUCACAUUCAGAGGCUUGAGAACGACAUCGAGAACUUCCCCAAAACAGAUGACAAACAAGAUAAGUUUGUGGAAAAGAUGUUGGGCUUCUCCAAGCAUUCAAGGGAGCAGUAUGAAAAACUGUCAACGAUGCACAAGAACAUGCAAAAGCUCUACGAGAAUAUAGGCAGUUUUUUGGCCUUUGACCCCCAUUCAGUCAGUGUGGAGGAUUUCUUCGGACAGCUCGCCAACUUCCGCCUGCUCUUCUUGGAAGCAAUGAAGGAGAACCACAAGAAGAAGGAGAUGGAGGAGAAGAUCAAGAGAGCCAAGCUGGCGAAGGAGAAAGCAGAGCGGGAGAAGCAGGAGCGCCAGCACAAGAAGAAGCAGCUGAUUGACAUGAACAAAGAGGGAGAUGAGACUGGUGUAAUGGAUAGCCUAAUGGAAGCCCUGCAGUCCGGAGCUGCCUUCCGUGAUCGGAGAAAAAAGACACCGCGAAAUGGUGAUCAAAGCCCUUCCAGUCCAUCCUCUCGGUGGCCGGGUGCUAACUAUGGUAACAGAACACUAGACAACCGGCGUGCAGUCCUGGAAAGGUCUCGCUCACGCCACAAUGCAAAUCACCCAGCUCGAUGAUCGCCCACGCCUACCACAAGACGCUAGAUAAGUGCCAAAGAGGCCUGCGAGGUGGAGACCUGGAAGACAUCUGAAGGAGGGACAGACUGCCCCUCACUGUAGCGCUCAAACACACACACACACACACACACACACACACACACACACACACACACACACACAUAUAACUCACACAUCAACAAACAAGAAUGAAACAACAAAAACUGCAGAAUCCACACAGAACUGAAGCGUCUACCAUACAUCACAAACACUUUUAAUUAUCAUGCUCUUCCUCUGAUGCCUUACAUAUUUAUUCAACACUUUCUCAUCACUCUAAAUAUGUGUGUCCUAUUUAGAUUAGGGCUGCUGCGGUUUAAAGAAGGUGCUUUUGCUUGGAAUGACAUUUUGAUUCAUGCUAGUUGAUUUGAUUUGUAUUGAAAGGCUUCAGUUCACAUAGGUCUUGUCAUGAAACAUGCAGUGUUUUCAAAAGAGGCAAGGACGACUGAACCAUAGUGUACAUUUAUGGCCCUGACAAACAUACCACAAACGGCACACUCAGCAAAGGUGCAGAGGGCCGGCGGUCCUUUAAAUGCAAGACGGACAUUCAACGCCGUUAUCCUGCUGAGGUUCUCUUCAACAGUUCUCUGAACUCUUCACAGAGGACGAAUGUGUUUCUUUGUAUGUUGUUGUAUUUCUGUCCCUAGUAAAUGUACAAAAGAAAAUCCCACAAAGCCAAGGGAAGCGUUUCCUGUCCGCGCCAAUAUUUCACAGCAUGUGACUCAUGGAUAUCGAAACUGUAAUCUCCGUUUUGACAGGACGCAUUUUAUUUUUAGUUGUGUAAUAUCUGACCGAUGCCUUCGGGGCUGAUCUCUGUUCCAAGGUCGCUUUUGCUGUUCACGUGAGAGACUGACACAUUUCUAAAUGCAUAUAACUGCCGAGAGGAGCAAAGGUUUCAGUGGGGGGGGGGGGGGGGGUUGAAGGUAUAACAACGUUUUAAAUGUGAUUCUAUUUUAAUCUGUGUAUAUGUUUGUGUAUAUGAGGUCUCUCUCAUUAAGACAAAUGGGGAAAAAAUUGCUCUAUUUACAGUAGAAUUCCCAGAUUUAAUUAUUUCCCCGCUUUCCAAAAAAUAAAUAGAUCAAUAAAAAUAAGCUCUGUAGGAAAACAAAUGUAAACGUAAACAUUGUUUUCAACAUGUUUUUACCGCUAUGAAGGUGUAAUUAACAUAAACAGGGAUACACAGCUUAAAAGGCUAAAUGUAUAAUGUUUAAGAAAUGCAAAAUGUUCUUAAAAAAGCAUCAGAUGUAAUGUAAAACAAAGGUUUCAGCAUGGACACACACACACACACACCUGAUUCUUGGUGUUAAUGUGCAGAUCAGUUGAAACUCUGCUGUAAGUUUUGUUUCUCCGUAAGGACGCUCUGUCACACCGUUCCUUCACGUGAACUAUUUAUUCAUAUAUUCAUGCCUAGGGCCACCCUGUCCCCUCACUGCCCUAAACUGUAAGCAGAUGCUACUAAAAACAACCACUGAAUCCACAUGGAGAGUGGGCACGAGCAGAAUAUCGACUAAGGGGCACAGAAGACAAGAUGAUGCUUGUCUUAGCAAGUGAGUCUCCAACGGCCCUUCAACUCCCCAACACUAAUAGCAUAAGUGACCCUUUUUACCAUAACACAAGUUACUUCAGUCAUACCAGAGCUUUGCUUUAAGCUUUGUGUGUGAGCGCCAUGCCAGCUCAGUAAUCGGACAGGAACCCAGACAAAAUAGGAUCCAGUGUGCUUGACUCCUGGGCUGAAGAGAUGGAGAUUUUUCAUUUAAACUAAUCUGCCGCUGCUGUUUGUGAUGUGUCUGUUUCAUGAUGCCUCCUCUCCCGGCCCGCAUGCUUCUAAAAAUGCAAUUUUACACAUCAACUCGGCUCAAGGUGCAUCCACAAUGCUCUGAGAAGUCUGCAUAUUUAAGAAGACAAUAAUUCUCCUGCGAAUAUAAGGUGAACGCAGUCGCUCGGAGAAAGUAUAGAACAUGAGGUUUUAAGGGAUGCUGCGAGGAUAAGGGUUUAAAGGUGUGUUGUGUACAGCGGGGAAGGAGAUUAUUUCCUUUUUUAAUCUCAAUUUACCCUCUGUUCUAACACUACCACGGCUUAUGUAAAGUAUUGAAUAUCAGAUCCCCACCUACACCAAUGUCUGCUGUGACGUUUGGUGUUUUUCAACCCUCCGAUUGAAUACUGUACCCGCCAAAACAACCAUGGUUGUCAAUUUGACUGACACUUUUUUCUUGAUUAUGAAAUCAAAUCAGAUUAUUUUCACAUGUGCCAACUUCUUUUUUUGUUUAGCUUUUGGAAAAACAGAGUUCUCCCCAUACGAUGACGGAACAUUUCUGUUUUUAUUUUAUUUUCUAUAUCAAAGGGAGUACAGGUAUCUUUUUUGUAAAAGUAUGAAAAAGAUUGUACAGACUUAAAAAGUUGUAUUUUAUUUUAACCAUUAUUUGAUGAAAAUGUAUCCAAUUAUGAACCGUCAUUCAACUAGGACAUUUUGAUGUGAUAGUCAUGUGGUAUUUCUCAUCUCAAACACUCAAAAAUAUUUAGUUAGAUGUAAUUUAUUUGGACUUUUGUAAAAAUGAAUUUCCAUUGUAGAGUGUGAUGAGCUAUAGGAGCUACGGUGUUAGCAGUUGUAGAAGUUUCAGAUCAUCCGUCUUCUCUACAACAGUGUGAUGCAACACACAAAUGGAUUGCAACACUAAAAGUGCAGGUUUGAUGCAGUUCAAUACAUAAAAUGGAUGGAGAGCAUCGGCGGAAAACAUGACAGUUGUAUUUCUAAUGAAAGAAGAAUGGUUCAUUUAUAAUAGAAACUUCUACAAUGACAACAUUCCUCAACAUCCCUGUAAGUGAUUGAAUCAUUUCCCCCCCUAAUUCCAUCAUUUAGGAUAAUCAGAGUUAUGUAUUAAUAUAGAAAAUAGCAGGAGUGUUUCAGGUCAAAAGAACCUGUAUUGUUCCAUCAUUGUAGUGUGAAAAACAGGCCUAUAUGUGUUUGUGCCGACCAUCCCAUGGUAUUUUAGCUUGUGACUAAUAAACCUGAACCGGUGUUGACUUGUGCUCAUGGUGAUUAUAGGAAUGAGGAGGCAGGGGUAUGAAUUAUUGACCAUCUGUAAAAGGUGCCAUUUUGGUGUCAGUUGGUGGUUUAUUUAAAAGCAAAGUUUCAGAUCUCACUCAGACUCAGAGACUGUGCACUUUACCUCACAAGAGAUUCUGCUCAGGCAGAGGAAGAGUUGUUUGGAUACGACAUUGCCACUAACAGAGCAAACUAUUUGCAAAGUCUUUCUUUUGGUAAACACUUCCAGCUGCCACAUAUCCAGUUCUUCCCUACUUUGUGAGUGCUUGCUAUUGAUUUGUGGAAGACCAAUUGCGGCUGAAGGAAUAAACACCGCUCAUAGCUGUUGACAAACCCUGUCCGACCGUGAUGUGUAAGCUGCCAUAUCCCUGCCUACCCUCGUCGUUGUCAUUAUGUUUUAUUGUCUUAAGAAACAUUUAUAUUUGUAACAGUUUAAGCUUAUUUGUAUCCUUAAGAACAUGAAUAAAUAAAAUGGUUAUGCACACUGUCCUUCCAUAGAACAUGUAAUGUAUCAUCAUACUAAAUAAUAACCACUUUGUUAUAUAAACAGGUUUCUGAAAAAUG